AUGGAGUCCAAGUGUCCCUACACGGUUAAGAAGGCCCUUGGUUGUCACUCUUUGGAAAUGGGCAUGCUUCCCCCACUGGACAAGGAGCCUGGGCUGCAGAACCUCCGCCGCAAUGGAACACGGUGUAACAGUGCCCGCUUGUGGUCGCCUCCCAUUUUAGAACCCCGCCCCAGUCCGGGCUUCGACUCCGGCCCGGACUUCGACCCCGGCCCAGACCACGAUCCCGGUCCGGACCCCGACUCCAGUCCGGGCCCCGACUCCAGUCCGGGCGCCGGCUGUGGUCCGAACUCCCAACCUGAUCCGGACCUUGGCUCGGAUGCGGACCCUAACUCCGCCCGAGCGCCGGCCGUGGUCCCUGCCUCAGAAUCCUUCCGGAAUCUGGCCCUACUUUUGGAUCCGCCUCCACUUUUGGAUCCGCCUCCAGAACCUGCUCCGGAGCCAACUUUGUCGUCUGAUACGGAUUCUGCGCCAGGGCCGAGUUUGAGGCACGACCCAUCGGUCACCAGCUUAGCCGUGUCCAUCCGAGAGCCCCUUCCCGCGCUCACUCCAUCAGCCACUAAUAUACUGGGGCCCACCUUAAGGGCAGACCCAUCGGCCACCAAGUUGACGGAUUCCCCCGCUCCUGGACCUAUCCCGGCGCCCAUGCUGGAGACCGCCCCAUCGGCCGUCGCCUUACAGAUUUCUACCGACACACUCGCUUCCACCAGCAAGAACUUCCACAUGGACAAGAUCAUGAUUCGAGUGAUCUACUGUGGCCUCUGAAGCUAUGGCCUUCGGUACAUUCUACUGAAAAAGAGUCUGGAGCAGCAAUUUCCAAAUCACCUGCUCUUUGAGGAGAACCGAGCUGACCAGGCUACCGGGGAGUUUGAAGUGUUUGUGGAUGGGAAACUGGUCCAUUCCAAGAAGAAAGGCGAUGGCUUUGUGGAUGAGGCCAGGCUGCAGAAAAUUGUGAGCAUUAUCAAUGAGGAGAUCAAGAAAAGGUAGUGGCAACCGGCAGAGCUGGAAGUGAGGAGCUGGAGGAGUCUCAGCAGGAUGACAAGAAGGGCUGAAAUAUUGCCAAGUGAGGUCCUUUUCCGAUGGUGGCUGGGGCUGGGGCGGGGUCGGAGAGGGGUGAAGUGGGAAAUACAUACAGAGCCUGCAUCCCUGUGUUCUGGUCCGACUGAGUCUGCUGUCGCCACACUCAUUUCUGAGGUCUGCGGAAGUCACCUGCUACAGGGCUGUCAGCAUCUCUGAUGUUCUGGAUACGGGCUGGGGUGGAGGGAGAACUGGAAUGUAAGGCCAGUCCUGCUGCUCCUGGUGGUCUAGCCUCAGCUCCUCUUGCUAUCCAGGCCAGUUUGUUUCUUUUGUGGUUUCUUCAUUUCCCAUGCCCCGGUUCUGGAUACAUUUAGAAAACUUUCCAUUUUAUUGGCAUAUUUUGGGAUUGAGAAGGAAACAAGGAUUGUGGCCAGUCUCACAUUCCAAACUCCUCAGCACUCCAAGAGCCCACUUUCUAAAUCCACAGGUCUUAGAAUUCUGGUGUUGGGGUGGGGAGGGGGGUCUCUAUGGUCUAGGGGAGGGGAAUGUAUGUGUCCCCACUUAUUUGCUGUGUGACCUCUAACAAGGGAUGCUGUCUCUCUGAACCUCAAUUUCCUCCUCCAUAAAAUGAGCAUUAUAAUGCUAUUUAACUGCA